AUGGCCAAAAACUUCAACAUCCUUGUCCUACCCGGCGAUGGCAUCGGCCCUGAGGUUAUGGCUGAAGCCGUUAAGGUUCUCAAGGUCUUUGAGACCCCCCAACGCAAGUUUGAACUGCGCCAGGAGUUGAUUGGAGGUUGCAGUAUUGACGCUCAUGGCAAGCCUGUGACCAAUGAAGUCAAGCAAGCAGCUCUAGACUCAGAUGCAGUGCUCUUCGCCGCAGUUGGAGGUCCGAAAUGGGACAAUCAACGUCGUGGUCUUGAUGGACCUGAAGGAGGACUACUUCAACUACGAAAGGCUAUGGAUAUCUAUGCAAAUUUACGCCCGUGCUCUUCUACUUCACCGAGUGCCUCUAUUGCUAAGGAGUUCAGCCCGUUCAAACACGAUGUUAUUGAAGGCGUUGAUUUUGUUGUCGUGCGGGAGAACUGCGGAGGUGCCUAUUUUGGUCGCAAGGUCGAAGAAGAAACAUACGCAAUGGAUGAAUGGGGCUACUCCGAAGCCGAGAUCCAACGAGUUACCCGUCUAUCCGCUGAAGUGGCGCUGCGACACAAUCCUCCUUGGCCUUUGAUCUCACUAGACAAAGCAAAUGUACUAGCUUCAUCGCGACUCUGGCGCCGGGUAGUAGACAAGACCAUGGCAGCGGAGUACCCGCAAGUGAAAUUAGUGCACCAGCUUGCCGACUCCGCAUCGUUGAUUCUAGCAACGAACCCGCGAUCCCUGAAUGGUGUUAUCUUGGCUGACAACACCUUCGGUGACAUGAUCUCCGACCAAGCUGGGUCUAUUGUGGGUACACUGGGUGUGUUGCCGAGUGCCAGUCUCAACGGUCUGCCUGGUGAUAAGACAUUGAAGACACGGCCUUAUGGGCUGUACGAGCCUACACACGGAUCUGCUCCGACUAUUGCCGGACAAAACAUUGCUAACCCGGUUGCAAUGAUCCUCUGCGUCGCGCUUAUGUUCCGAUACUCUUUGAGCAUGGAAGAUGAGGCUCGGCGUGUAGAGGAUGCGGUACGCAAAGUGCUGGACUCUGGGCUUCGGACGCCUGACCUUGGGGAGACUUUGAAUUCUUCUUCAAUUCUUCUUUCUCUCGCCAUGUCUGAAAUCCCAGAUCCCCCAAAGACCACAGGCUCCAUACCUCGACGGAGUCCGCAAGACGAGCAUCCCAUGAGAAACCGAGCAGUCAGCAUGUCAUCCAAAAAGCCGACUACCUCUUCCACACCAGCGAUGGCACCGGAUCAUUCAAGCCAGCAACCAAAACCAGGAUCCUGUGCUCUCCGUCUUGAGAACCUGGAACAACAAACCUCCGCCGAGAAAGGCGAGCUGAUGGUUUCAAUCGCGGCAGACAUCUGUGCAACAUUCAUAAGCAUCGCCAAAUACUCCGAAGAUGGCACACUCCAAGCACAGCACACUGGGGUGAUCGACAACGUGAUCCAGACAAUCCGCGGCACGGACGUGAAGCAGCGGCACUUACUCGAUCGACAAGUGCGUCGACUGCGCAAAGAGAGGAAUUGGGUCCGGAAGAAGUAUUCGCGAUUGGUUGGACAGGCAGAUGCUCUGGGUCGCGCAUAUCAGACGAAGAUGCGGAAGUUGAGAAUCUCGCUACGAGAGGCGCAGGCAGAGGUGGCCCGUCUACAAAAUGAGCGUGAUAUUCUACGAGCCUGGUUGAAGAAGAAUGUCAUUGAAGAGGGUGCUUUGGAUGGGGAUGUCGAUGGGGAGUUUGAGGUUGAUGAAGGGGAGGAUGUCGAUGGAGAAUAUGAGAAUGUGGAAAAUGGAGAUGGGAACUGA